AUGGGUGGGCGGACAGGUCCUCCCCGACAGACCGAGAUCCCAGAUCCCGCUGGCGCCGGCACCAACACGACUCCCGUACCGGGCGCCCCGACGGACCCCGCCGGAAUCCCCGGCCAGGACGCCAGCGUCACCUCGCUCGAUCCCAACCUCUCCACGCUCGUGCCCAUCCCCACGAUGAGCGUCGACACCGUCUGCGUCUCCAAGUACCUCGCCUUUGGCGAUAGCGCCCCGCACCCGGCCUCCGAGGUCUACUCCUUCUCCUCCGAGUACUACGAGACGGCGACGCGCAUCGCCGCGUUCCCCGGCAUGAUGGAGUGCGCCUGGGUCACCGAGAUCCCCAAGACGCUCGAUCCCCUACUAUCCCAGUAUCUCCAGGAAACCCUUAACUGGCUCAUCGACCCCACGGCCAUGGCCGCCGGCAUGGCCCUGUUCACCGAGUGCCCUACCACCUUUGCCCUUCCGGAGUGGAACUUCCGCCUCGGCUGUCCCGCGGAGUGGAACAAAUACGUCUCGCUCCUCGCCGAGAGGACACCCAACAGCCAGCGUGGCGCCGCUGUUUCCAUGAAGCCUAGCUACGCCGUGAGCUUCGCCGUGCUGAUGGCGACGGCCAUGGGUCUGGGCUAUUUCUAA